AUGUUCUACCAGUACAAUGGCACCAAAUAUCUUUUGAAUUUGAUUGACACUCCGGGCCAUGUUGAUUUCAGCUAUGAAGUCUCCCGCUCGCUGGCUGCCUGCCAGGGAACUCUUCUUCUUGUAGACGCAUCGCAAGGCAUACAAGCCCAGACGGUGGCAAAUUUUUUCCUAGCUUUUGAGCAAGGAAUUACGGUUGUGCCUGUCAUCAACAAAAUCGAUCUCCCUGCCGCACAACCAGAUCGAGCGAUACAACAAAUAGAAAGUACUUUUGAAUUGGAUGGCAGUAACAUUCUCAAGAUAUCGGCGAAAACGGGUCUGAACGUAGAUCGAGUUCUACCAACUGUGAUUGAAAAUAUUCCACCGCCAGAUGGCGAUGUCAAUAAACCACUUCGAGCACUGCUGUUUGAUUCGUGGUAUGAUACUUACGUCGGGGUUGUCUGUUUAAUGGCCGUAGUUGAUGGAAAAUUGCAAAAAGGCGACAAGUUAUUAUCGGCUCAUUCUCAAAUACGCUAUGAUGUCACGGAAGUUGGAAUUAUGCAUCCUGAGCAGACAUCGACGGGUUAUUUACACGCUGGACAAGUGGGCUAUGUCAUAUGUGGCAUGAAAGUAGCAUCUGAAGCAUAUAUUGGGGACACGUUUCAUCAUGUCAAAGCUCCCGUCCAGCCAUUUCCUGGAUUUGAGCCCGCGAAGCCAAUGGUAUUUUCGGGUAUAUUUCCAAUAGACACGAAUGACUUUAAUAAGCUUGACGAAUCGAUCACGAAACUUACCAUUAACGAUGCGAGUGUCUCUGUACAGAAAGAAUCUAGGUUCGGUGAGGACGACAGUAAUGAUGGCAAUAAUGAAUACCACAGAAAAGAUAUACUUGUAACCUAUAACGACGGCACCGUUAAAACAAUCCGGAAUCCCGCCGAUUUCCCUGAUCCUCACGAAAUAUCAACAUCGGUACUAUCGGUCUCCGAACCAAUGGUUCUCGGUACUAUUAUUCUGCCUGAUCAAUACAUGGGUCCGGUAAUGGAUUUAUGUGGAGUUAGGCGAGGUGAACAGUUAGAAUACACUUAUAUCGACGAGACGAGGGUUAUUGCCAAGUACAUUCUGCCUCUCGGAGAAAUUGUUAAGGAUUUUCACGACGAAUUAAAGGGAAGAAGUAGUGGAUACGCGAGGAGAUGGUUUAAACAAAAUCUUUUUAAUAGCUUUGACUAUGAAGAUAUGGGUUACCGAGAAGCAGAUAUUGUCAAGAUGAAUGUUUUAAUAAACCACAAGCCAGUUGAUGCCCUCGCCGCCAUUCUCCAUCGUAGUCAAGCAGAACUUGUUGGUAGGGACUGGGCAAGGAAACUUAGGGAUAUCAUUCCAAAGCAGCUAUUUGAAGUUGCAAUACAAACAGCUAUUGGGAAUAAAAUUAUCGCUAGAGAGACUAUUUCUGCUUUAAGGAAGAACGUCACUGCUAAAUGUUAUGGGGGAGAUGUCACUAGGAAGAUGAAAUUGUUAAAUAAACAGAAGGAAGGCAAAAAGAAGCUCAAAAUGAUUGGUAAUGUUGAACUGCCUCAAAAGGCAUUCUAUGACUUCUUGUCAAAAGAUAAAGGCAAAUCUAAAUAG